GCCGGCAAAGGCACCCCUACGUUCAAGGCUUUUUCACCACUCUUGCAAACCGGUCUCAUAUAAUAGUCCUUCUUUUCUCCAGUCGCUAUUCUUUUUUCUUUCUGAUACCCGGUUUUUUUGUUAAUACCGCCACCAUGAAGUACGUCGUGGUCUCCGGAGGUGUCAUCAGUGGCAUCGGCAAGGGUGUAAUUGCCUCCAGCACCGGGUUGUUGCUCAAGACCCUCGGAGCUCGCGUGACUUCGAUCAAGAUCGAUCCUUACAUGAACAUCGAUGCCGGGACAAUGGCGCCUACCGAACACGGAGAGGUGUUCGUCUUGAACGAUGGGGGUGAGGUGGACUUGGACUUGGGAAACUACGAGAGAUAUCUUGGCAUUACCCUUGGCAAGGAUAACAACAUCACAACCGGCAAAGUCUACAAGCACGUUAUCGAGAAGGAACGACGCGGCGACUACCUCGGCCGUACGGUGCAGAUCGUCCCCCACCUGACGGAGGCUAUCCAAGACUGGAUCGAGCGCGUGGCGCGCAGCCCCGCCGACGACACCAACGAGGAACCCGAUGUGUGCGUGGUCGAGCUGGGCGGUACCCUGGGUGAUAUUGAAAGCGCCCCCUUCGUCGAGGCGCUGCGCCAGCUCCGUCGCCGUGCCGGCAAGGACAACUUCAUCCAGAUCCACGUCUCGCUGGUUCCUCUCAUCCACGACGAGCUGAAGACCAAGCCCACGCAGCAGGCCAUCCGGGAUGCACGCUCAGCUGGUAUGAGCCCGGAUCUCAUCGCCUGCCGCUGCGAGCGGCCGCUCGACAAGGCGACGACCGACAAGAUCGCCAUGUUCUGCCAGGUGGAGCCCGAGCAGGUGAUCGGCGUCCACAACGUUAGCUCGACCUACCACGUCCCCCUUCUGCUCGAGCAGCAGGGCUUCCUGCAUGUCGUGAGCGACCUCCUCAAGAUCCAGAACGUCUCCCUUUCCUCGGCGUUGGUGUCCAAGGGCCAGAGCACUUGGAAACAGUGGAACACCUUGACCUCCGCUCAGGAUCACACUUUCGAUUCGGUCAACAUCGCCCUGGUCGGCAAGUACGUCUCGCUGCACGACUCCUACCUGUCGGUCAUCAAGUCGCUCGAGCACGCCGCUAUGGCCUGCCGCAAGAAGCUGAACAUCAUCUGGGUGGACGCCUCUCACCUCGAGCUUUCCUCGCGGGAGACGAACCCCCAGGAGCACUACAAGGCCUGGCACGACGUCACCUCGGCCGACGGCAUCCUGGUGCCCGGUGGAUUCGGCACGCGCGGAACCGAGGGCAUGAUUAACGCUGCCCACUGGGCGCGCACGAAGUCCAAGCCGUACCUGGGUAUCUGCCUGGGUAUGCAGAUCGCGGUUAUCGAAUACGCCCGCAACGUCUGCGGCAUCAAGGGCGCGAACUCCGUCGAGCUGGACAACAACACCUCCGACCCCAUCGUCGUGUACAUGCCCGAGAUCGACCAGGUCAACCUGGGCGGCACCAUGCGUCUGGGCUCCCGCCCGACCCUCUUCCAAGAGAAGACCGAGUGGUCGAAGCUCCGCUCCCUGUACGGCCAGGAUUGCCAGUCUAUCCACGAGCGCCACCGCCACCGCUACGAAGUCAACCCGGAGUACAUCGACCGCCUGCAAGACGCCGGCCUGCACUUCAUCGGCAAGGACGACCAGGGCGAGCGCAUGGAGAUCGUCGAGCUCCAGGACCACCCCUGGUUCGUGGGCGUCCAGUUCCACCCCGAGUACCUGUCUCGCGUGCUCGCGCCCAGCAAGCCCUUCCUCGGCUUCGUGGCCACGGCCUCGGGCGUCUUCGAGAAGGUCGCCAAGAUGUCUCAGGCGAAGGAAGCCGAGCUCGCCAACGGCGUCAGCCAGAUCAUCAUCUAAGCGUGCAGGUGGUAAUUAUUUCUUUCUCAGAGUGGGCGCUUAAUCUAGCCGAGAGAGGAGACUCGGUAAUAUUUGAUGCUUCGAACGAUGGCAUGAGGUGUGGUUCGGUUCAUAUAAAAAGUAACUAACUAUGACUUGACUGUUUGGAUCACGGCGUUUACGGUUUAUAGAGCGGAGGUCGUACGUAUAUAGAGCAUCGAUAAAUAAAU